AUGGCUAACGAAACUGAGUAUGCUGCACCUGUCUCCUUCAACAAAACCUGGCACACUGAACCCUACCCAUUCAUCUCCCCACCACGACCGGAGCUGUCUGCCAAGGGCAAGAUUGUAGUCAAAGUCAUCGCCGCCGACCUACAGCGGCGGGACCAGGUCGACCAGGCAUACCAGUCCAUCAGGAACAAACUCGACAAGAACGACGUCAAGGUGAUAAAUGCCGUGUUGCUCCCCGCUCCGGGAUCCCUCACAGACUCCAAGCCCGAGGACCUUCUCCGCUGGUCGACGGAUUUCUUGCCCUUCGCGGGGCCGGAGCCGGUCGACUUCAGCACGUCCACCUGUCUGGCUAACAUCGCAUCCACCCCUGGGCUAGCUGGUUACACCAUCAGUAAAGCGGCGUGUUUGAAGACAAUGGACUAUUUUGCCAUGGAGAACCCGAACGUACGCGUGGUUAGCGUGCAGCAGGGAUGGGUGGCCACUGCUUCGAAUGGAUUUCAAAAGGAAGCUCCCGAUAAAUCUGAACUCCCGGGCCAGUUUUACAUCUGGCUGGCGUCUCCUGAGGAUAAAUUCUUGAAAGGAAAGUUUGUCUGGGCCAAUUGGGAUGCACAGGAGUUGCUGGAGAUAGUAAAGGAGGUUCGGUCAACCAAGUUGCUGAACUGGAUUGUGCAGGGAGUGCCCACCCCUUUGAAUAACUCUUUCAAUAUGAUAGCUACGUCGAAGUUGCUGACCAAGUACAACCGCUAG